AUGUCCAUCAAGCCGCUCCCAGGGGAUGUCGUGGCGCAGAUCAGGUCCUCCGUCGUCAUCGCCUCGCUCAACGGUGUCGUUACCGGCCUCAUCAAGAACUCGCUCGAUGCCGAGGCCACUAGGAUUAACGUAACCAUCGAUUAUACGAGGGGUAACUGUUCUGUCGAGGACAACGGCACUGGCAUUCCCCCAUCUGAGUUCCAGGAAACAGGGGGCCUGGGUCAGAUACAUUACACUUCCAAGUUCCCACCAUGCUCAAAUAUACAUGGGAGACAUGGCGUGUUCCUGGCCUCCGUGGCCUCACUGUCGCUCCUUUCCAUCACUUCUCACCAUGGAGAUUUUCACUCUCAUAACUCCAUGGCCAUCCACAAUUCCAAGAUUCUGACGAGACAUAUGCCGUGCCUCCCCGAGCAGAGGCUUGUUACCUUUCCCCACGGCACGAGGGUUGUUGUGAGAGAUUUGUUCGGAUCUAUGCCCGUUCGCGUCAAACAUCGUGCUAUGCUGGCCGAAAAGUCGACUUUCUUCAGCAGGGAUUGGGAGCGCCUCCUACUGGACGUAAUAGGCCUCCUGAUCGCCUGGCCCGGCGCAGUGUCCCUCUCAGUCCGUGAGGCUUCUGGCCGUCAGAGACUCAACCUUAGCACUGGCUCUAAUCCCGACCAAUGGGCCAGUGACAGCUGCCGGCUUCUUCACCAGGCAUCUCUGUGGGAUAGCCCAGAUGCAGGAGAUUGGGUUGCCAUCGGGGCCUCUGCCCCAAAGCUGGACAUCACCUGCUACGUGUGCCUCCAGCCAGUGGCAACUAAGCGCAUGCAGUUCAUCAGCCUCGGUAUCGAACCACUGUCAAAUGAGAGCCGGUGCAACAUCCUAUACGAAGAGGUGAACAGGGUCUUUGCCGACUCCAGUUUUGGUGCUGUCGAAGACAGUGACUCCGAGGAAGGCUCGAAAAAGAAGGGUAGAGAGAAUUUCACAACCAGGGAUCUCAAGGUUCAGAAAGGUGUUGAUAAGUGGCCCAUGUUCAUCUUGAGGAUGUCUCCCUCUGCGUCGGAGCGGUCUGAAGCUCUAGCCGUGGACGACUUUCUCGACGACAGACGCCCAGACUUGGCCCUGGUGACCGACCUGCUGAGAGCCAUGUUCUAUGAGUUUCUCAAGAAAAAUCACUGCCGGCCCAGAAAAGUUAUCUUGUCUACAAGGUCCACAUCACGCCGUCAGAGAACUGGUAGCGCUUCACCUCGCCCUAGCAGCACUGCUACAGGUUCAUCAAGAGAACAAGAGGCUGCCAGAUGCCCUACUGUGACAGCACCUCUCAAGCCUGCUCGGAAGGUGCCACGCCUCGAAGCGGCAGAUAGAGGGUCAGAGUCCCCAUUCGGCGCAUGGUCCAAGGUCAAAUCUGGACAGCCUCUGUCGACCUACAAACAAGCAGCCCCUAGCCUCUCACGCACGCAGUCUGCCUCUACUACUCCAUCUCAACCGAGUAGGAACACCACGCCAUGCCACAACUCCACCGACCGGUCAAAACCCUCCAGCCCUGAGCCGCUGUCCCCAGAUGAGACCUUUGAAUGGGUCAAUCCGGUGACCAAAUUGGUCACCACCAUCAACUCCCGUACUGGCUUUGAGAUGGCACCAAGACUCUUGACGCAGAAUGAAGGACCAUACAGAGACCAUGCUUCCAGGACAGGCCUCGACAUAACCAUGGAGGCACCCGGGAGUCGAGAAACAGCACCUUGGGUCAGAGACCUCGUCAGCAGAUGGAAGAAUCCCGUUUUUGAGUCUGCUGAGGCGCCUAUACCAAAACUGCCUGACGUAGCAGAAACGCUUCAACUUGAUCUCAAGCCAGGUGGCCACCAUUGUCAUCAAGCCCAGGCAUCUUUCCAUGUUGGCACACCACACGAAACAGCUGCCAUGGGCCUUCUGGGACGUCUAUCGAAGGACACCUUGAGAAAGGCGCAGCUCAUCGCCCAGGUCGACAAGAAGUUCAUCCUUGCAAAGGUAUCACUCACGCAUAUCCAGAGGGACAAGACUUCGAGCUUAGAUCCGCCUGACAUAUCCUCAGUUCUGGUGCUCAUCGACCAACACGCCGCAGAUGAACGCUGCCGUGUAGAAGCGCUCAUGCAGAACUACUUUACGCCCGCCAUAGGCGAUGACAACGAAGAGUACUGGAGAGCCGUGACCGAAGCCCUGCCCAAGCCUGUGCAGUUUGAGCUUCCUCGCCAUGAUAAAGACCUUCUUAACCGGUUCCAGGAUCACUUUGCGUAUUGGGGCAUCCACUACGAUAUUGAGAGUCCUAUACCCAGCAGCCGUACGAGCACCGGCCAGAAGAAGAUGAAGACUACCACUAGCAAAUUCAAAAUCAAUGUGCGAAGCCUACCCCCUGCCAUCCUAGAGAGAUGCAGGACGGAGCCCAGGCUACUGGCUGAGCUGAUUAGGAAGGAAGCCUGGAAGUUGAAUGACGAGGAUGGAUCUGUCCCACAGCUAAGGCCGAGGCCAGUCUCGGGGAAAGACCAUGAUGGCGAGGCGCCGGUCUGGGUAUCGCUUUUUCACGGGUGUCCUCAGGGCCUCGUGGAGCUGAUCAAUUCCCGGUCUUGUAGGAGCGCCAUCAUGUUCAACGACCCUCUCACCUCAGACCAGUGCUCUGAGCUGCUGGACAGCCUAGUCCGGUGUGCCUUUCCUUUCCAGUGCGCGCAUGGACGACCGUCGAUGGUACCGCUCGUAGAUCUGGGCGUUAGUGGUGGCCUGGCGAGCCUGGGC